AUGGAAAUUAGAGAGGCUUCGCCAACACACUAUUUGUUGAAAAUUGAGUCUUUCUCCCUACUUUCAGAGAGUGGCAUUGACAAGAUCGAAUCGAACGAAUUUAAGGCUGGUGAUUAUAAAUGGAAAAUGAUCAUAUAUCCUAAUGGAAACACACACGAAAAUGGAAGUGAACAUAUUUCAGCUUACUUGUCCAUUUCUGGGACAAGUUCCCUGCCUCCUGGUUGGGAGGUUAAUGUUAUAUUUACCUUCUUUGUGUUCAAUCAAUUAACUGACAAUUAUCUUUCAGUGAGAGGAAAAAUGAGACGUUUUCAAUGUAUCAAGUCUUUAUGGGGACUUCCCAAAUUUCUUUCUCACAAAACAUUCAAAGAGGCCUCUAAUGGUUACCUUGUUGACGACAAAUGUGUGUUUGGAGCAGAGAUAUUUGUCGUCCAAAGACAAGCAAUUGGUGAAUGUUUGUCCAUUGUGAAACCUAAUGGUUCAUUUAAGCGUGAAUGGAAGAUUUGUAAAUUCUCCAAUCUUGACAAAUUAUGGCUUUCUGAAGAAUUUACUGUGGGAGGUUACAAAUGGCAACUAAAGUUAUAUCCAAAAGGCGAAGCAGACAAUAAGGAAUGUGAUAUCGCAAUAUACUUACAUUCUGUUGAUUCAAACAACUUCGAUCACCAUCAAAAACUGAAGGCAAAAUACAACAUUAACCUGAAAAAUCAGAAAAAUGGAGGACACAAAAAGCUAUCUUAUUGUAAUUGGUUUUCUGCCGCCUCACGGACUUGGGGUUAUGCAAGUUAUAUGCCUUUAACUCAGCUACAUGAUAAGAAAAAUGGUUAUCUUGUCGAUGAUUGUAUCGUGGUAGAAGUUGAGCUGGAAGUCGUGCUUAAGCAAAGUCCUUUCCCGAAGAGGAGGGGCGGAGGGGCGCAAGGGGUUCAUCUGAACCUUCUUCGUUGGAAUUUGGAAACAUGCCCUAGUAACAUGGAAUAUAUUGAUCUCCACUGCCCUAGUAACAUCGAAUCCGUUGUUCUUGAAGACGAAGCUGCAGAAUUGAUGAUGGAAAUUAGAGAUGCUUCACCAACACACUAUUCGUUGAAAAUUGAGUCUUUCUCUCUACUUUCAGAGAGUGGCAUUGAUAAGUUUGAAUCGAAUGUGUUUAAUGCUGGUGGUUAUAAAUGGAAAAUGAUCAUUUAUCCAAAUGGGAACACACGCGAAAAUGGAAGUGGACAUAUUUCGGUUUACUUGGCAAUAACAGGGUUAAAUUCCAUGCGUGCUGGUUGGGAGGUCAAUGCUAUAUUUACCUUCUUUGUGUUCAAUCAACUCCGCGACAAUUAUCUUUCAGUACGAGGAAAAAUGCGGCGUUUUCAACCUAUGAAGACCUUAUGGGGACUUCCCAAAUUUCUUUCUCACAAAACAUUUAAAUAUCCAUCUAAUGGAUACCUUGUUGAUGACAAAUGUGUGUUUGGAGCAGAGAUAUUCAUCAUACAUAGACAAGCAAUUGGUGAAUGUUUGUCUAUGGUGAAAUCUAAUGACUUGUUUAAGCGUCAAUGGAAGAUCUGUAAUUUCUCCAAACUUCGCAAAGAUUGGCUUUCUGAAGAAUUUACUGUGGGAGGUUACAAUUGGAAGCUCUUGGUGUAUCCACAAGGCAAUGUAACCAGUAAGGGAUGUCAUAUCUCAAUAUACUUAAAAUUUGUUAAUGCUAAGGACUUUAAUCAACAUCAAAAAGUGAAGGCAAAUUGCAGCAUAAACCUCAAAGAUCAGAUAAAUGGUGGAUGCAAAAAGCUAUCUUAUUGUGAGUGGUUUUCUAUCACCGCACCGACUUGGGGUUUUUCAGGUUAUAUGCCUUUAACUCAGUUGUAUGAUGAGAAAAAUGGUUAUCUUGUCAAAGAUUGUAUUGUGGUGGAAGUUGAUCUGAAAGUUGUGUUUAAGCAUAGCGUAAGGAACUUAUCUUAA